AUGCUAAACUAUGAUAAAAAUGAUGAAGAACAUUAGCAGAGUUCUGUUAAAGAAAAACUUGAGAAAUUAAAAUUUUAAUCUUUAUAGCCAAAAGCUUCAACUAUAUCUCUUAAAAAUAAUGUUAGGGAAAAUAGAAAAUAAUCACAUGCAAAUAUUUAAGCGAAAAAAGAUGCAUCAGAAUCAGUUUCGGAGUCUUCUUACGAUGAUUAAUCAGAAUUAUAUUUUUCAGAAUUCAAUAUUAUAAAUGAUAAUAAAAAGGCAAAGAUUCUAUGUGAAUAUAAGAAUAGCUAUUUUAAUGAGAAAAUAAAAGUGUUCAACGAGAUAAAAUAAAAGUAGAUUUGGCCAAAGUAAUAAGCAUAACAAAAUUAAGAUGAUGCAUCAGUUCAACUGAUAAAGUAAUCAUCUAUUAUGAGAUAAUAAUCAUCAGUUUCUGAGAGCAAUCAUAAUACAAUAAGUUUAGUGAGAAGAAUCAAGGAAUUUAAUGAUUACUCUGUAGAAUAAUCUUUAAAAUAAAUUAACUCUCCUCUUAAAUUUUAUAUACCAAACAAUCAUUAAUUCAAUAUUAACAGCAUUUAAUAUAAUAACAAUUUUACUAGUUCUCACGCUAUUAACAAUAGAUCUUUAUUAUAAAUAAAAGAAAGCAGCCAAUACACUAUAGAUAUUCCUUGCGAUUCUUUGGGACAAUAGUCUGCUAAAUAUACGGAUAAAGAUUUACUCCUAUAGAUCAUAGAAGCUAUAUUUGCUAAAAAUGUUUUUGUUUUAAUUCAAAUGAUAAAAUUUCUGCAAAAAGAGUACAGAACUGAGGUUCUAAAUUAAAAAGAUGUAAAUGGCAAUACACCACUUUUAUUAGCAAUCAAAUUAUCUCAUUAAUAAAAUUAGGUUGAAAUUAUUAAACUACUGCUAUCAAGUGGUUGUGAUCCUUCUAUAAAAGAUUUAAAUGGUUGGAGUCCAAUAGAAGAAACAGUUGCCUAAAUGGAUGUAUCUACAACUUCAUUGCUAUUUGAUUAUUUGGUAUAAAAAAGAAUGUUUGAUAUUUAAUAAGAAAGGAAUCAAAUUGAUUAGGAGUUAUUAAGAAUUAAUGAUUUUUAUCUUGAAAUGAAAUGGGAGUUUAAAUCAAAUUUGAUACCAUUUAUCUCGAAAAUAACGCCUAAUGAUACUUUCAAAAUAUACAAAAGAGGUAUUUCCAGCAUUUGAUUUAAGGUUCAUCACUAAGACUUGAUACUACUUUCGCAGGAACUAAGAAUUAUAAGACCAAAAGGAGAGAUAUCAGUGUAUUGUAUAAUCCAAUGAUUGGUACUUCUUAGAGGAAGGAAAACUGUUCGAAUUGCAGAUUUGUAACUAUAUUAAAUAGAACAAAAAAAAUUUAUUAUUAUCCUAUUGUAAUUUAUCAAAUUAUAUUAGUAAGAGAUAGAUAUUGAAGAGAAAGAGUAAAUUAUUUUAGAUCUACUUCACUGUGAUAGUGUAAGUGGUGAAAUGAAAGUAACAUAAUGUGACUUGAUAAAAAGGAAAAAUAUUUUUGGGAAUUAUGUUAACUAAAAAAUAAAUAAUCUUGUUUGUUAAAAAUAUGAGUUUCGAAUUCAAGCAAAUAAACAAUUUCGUAAAAAAUAAAAAUCUCAUUAUUCUAUGAGUUUCGAAUAAUAUAUAAAAUAAAAUUAUGAAACAGAUUCAAAAUAAGAUAAAGUAAAUUUUGAACCAUGGGCACAAGAAAUUAUUUAGAAUGAUGGAACUUCUAAAAGUAUUUUAAUUACAAUAUGAAUAGAAUAAUAAAAGCUAUGUUAAUUAUAUAUAAGUUAAGAAUUCCCUAUAGACUUUCGAUAAUUUUUGCCAAUAAUAAAAAUGUUAGCAAGAGGAAAUGAAAUGCUAUAAUCUUUAGAAGAAAUAUUAUCAAGCGAAACAGUAAAAUAGGUCUUAAAUGAUAAUGGAUUUCCUGUGAGAAUCGAAAUUCCAAUAAAUUUUACAAUUGAUGCAGUUGUCACUUUUUAAAAUUAUAAAUAAAUUGAACUUGACAAUUUAGAAAUAAUUUAAUUAUUCUAGAUACCUAGUAAUUUUAUUUAAAUGCAAAGAAGAGAUGCUACAAAAGUAAUGAAAAGAUAGAAGAAAAGAUUGAUUUUAGCAAAUUUAUUUUUAUGA